AUGGCUGCCGAGAACCAUUCCGAUAUCCUGGAAUGGAUACAGGAGCAAAUCAAGCUGCACGAGUCCGAUCAAGACCAUACAUACCUACAUCGGUUCCAGUAUAUCCAUGAGGCCUUCAAGCGACUACAAAAGUUCCUUGACGAGAAUACCGCGGAAGAGGCACCUGAUGAGCGCAAAGAGAUUCUGGAGCUGAGGGCUUCUGUGUAUAAGGGUCUCAUCGAGAUCACCAAGGGUUUCGAAAGAAACUACCCUUGGGAUCAAGAGGAGUGGUAUGAGAUGCGGGAGGUCAUUCAUGAGACCAUGGUCUCCUUUUGCUUCUGCACAAGAUACAUGUACCGUUCUUGA